AUGGCGGCGGCGGAGCCCGCGAGCUCGGGCCAGCAGGCGCCGCAGGGGCAGGGGCAGGGCCAGCGGCCGCCGCCGCAGCCCGCCCAGGCACAGUCCCCGCAGCCGCCGCCGCCGCCGCAGCAGCUCGGGGGCGCCGGGGGUGGCAGCAGCAGGCACGAGAAGAGCCUAGGGCUGCUCACCACCAAGUUCGUGUCGCUACUGCAGGAGGCCAAGGACGGCGUCCUGGAUCUCAAAGCGGCUGCAGAUACUUUGGCUGUAAGGCAAAAAAGAAGAAUUUAUGAUAUCACCAAUGUCUUAGAAGGAAUUGACCUGAUUGAAAAAAAGUCAAAAAAUAGUAUCCAAUGGAAAGGCGUAGGUGCUGGCUGUAAUACUAAAGAAGUUGUAGAUAGAUUAAGAUACCUUAAAGCUGAAAUUGAAGAUCUAGAACUGAAGGAAAAAGAACUUGAUCAACAGAAGUUGUGGCUACAGCAAAGCAUCAAAAAUGUGAUGGACGACUCCAUUAAUAAUAGAUAUCCUUUUAAAUAA